UUCUAUAAAAGACACAUAAACCACUUCUCUCAAAUCUCCCUCUCCCAAAAGAAACUAUUUUUGUACAUCACUUUUGCUAAAAACUGUGAGAGUGUAACUGAGGGGAAAAAAAUGGAAGAAAUGGCUUCUUUAUGGUAUUACCAAGAGACCAUUGAUGAAAUGAGGCAGAAGCUUAUGUACACUAAUCUUGAACUUGAAAAUUUGAAGGUAGAGAAAAAUGAAGAAAUGAGGAAGAACAAAGAAUAUGUGAAGCAAUUAAUCCAACUAUUAAACAUGGUUUGUCAAGAAAGAGAUGAAGCAAAAGAUCAACUUCAGAAACUACUCAACAAACUUUCUCAUGUUCAAGUUGAUAAUAGUCCUCAUUUGAAAGACAAAAAAGCAAACUCAAGCAUUACUCAAUCAAACAGUUUCUCUGAAACACACAAUAAUCAGUCACACAAUUCAUCCCCAAUCGACGCGUUUAAUGAUGCAGUUUCUUCCCCUGAAUUUUCCAACAACAACAUGGCUGAUUCAAAUACAGUCGCCUAUGAUUGUAACGUUCGAUUCUUGGACAAUUGUGUUCCUCAAUUGGUCCCAAAAGUUGAUGAGGCCACAUUGGUUAUUGACAAUCUUGUAAAGGGGAAAACUUUGCCACAAAAAGGGAAACUAUUGAAGUCAGUUAUUGAAGCAGGGCCACUUCUGCACACACUUUUAGUUUCAGGACAACUUCCUCAAUGGCGAAAUCCGCCUCAGCUUAAGUCAUUUAAUGCACCACCAGUUUUAAUUAAAGGGUCUGAAGCUGAGAUUGCAACACAGAGUUUUUAUACAACUUUGAGUUAUCCUGUUUCAAGAUCAUUGUAUUCUCAGAUGUCAUAUGGAUCUCCACAGAUAUUGUCAACAUCUACGUUAAACUUUGCUAACUCUGGUUCUGUUUCCUGUUUGGAAAAUCAGAGAGGAAUAUCUGUUGGUGCAAAUACGGACAGUUUUGUACAUUUGGAUAAGAGGCAAAGAUUGCGGUGAGAUAAGUUGAGAGAUGAAUGCCUAAUGCCUAUGCUUCCAAUUUUUUGUACAAAAAGAUUGCUAGGUUUCUUUGGAUAUACUGAUUUUGAGUGGAUAUACUAGAUUAAUGUGCGUUCACAUUUCUUUUUCUU